UUCACAUUCACACACAUAUCACCUUCCUUCCAAUUAAUUUAAUCCAAUCUCUCAGUUCGAUUUGGCCUAUAAAUUCACACCCUUUCUCUUCUCUCAUAACUAAAAAACAACCACUCUCAUUUCUCCUCUGUUUGUAUCCAAAACAAAAAUGGCUAAGCUUAUUAACUCCUUGCUUCUUUUCCUAGCUUUUCUUAUCUGCGGUGCAGUCACAGCCACAGGUUACAAAACCCCAGCAACGACCACCACCCCAAAUUUUGUAAAAUGGUCUUGUAGUUCGACCACAUAUCCGAGGCUCUGCAUCAGAACCCUCUCUACCUAUUCCUCCAACAUCCAAAACAGCCCACACCAAUUGGCGCUAACCGCUUUGAACGUCAGCCUAAGCAACGCCAAGUUAGCCAAAGGGUUUGUUCUAAAAUUGGGUAAGUUCAAGGGGCUUAAGACAAAAGAGUACAAGGCCAUUGCUGACUGUAUUGAUGAAAUGGGUGAGAGUGUGGACCGAUUGGGUGAGUCUUUUAAGGAGUUGAAGAAUAUGGGCAAGUACAAAGGUCAGGAUUUCAUGUGGCACAUGAGCAAUGUCCAGACUUGGGUCAGUGCUUCCUUGACCGAUGACAACACUUGUAUCGAUGGCUUUGCUGGUAAAUCUAUGAACGGUAAGAUUAAGAGCUCUGUCAGGGCACAAAUUGUUAAUGUGGCUCAACUCACUAGUAACGCUUUGGCUUUGUGUAAUCGCUUUGCCACAAAGAAGUACUGAAUUGUUUAUUAUGGUCUAUUAUCACAAAAACCCAUAAGCUUAUAAUUUAUUAAUGGCCUUAGCUGGGUGUAAUGUGGAAAUUUUUGAAUCUGUUGUAUGGUAAUGUGGUGUAUGCUUUUGUAAUAAUAUGUAUAUUUGGUAUUUGUGUGUUGUUUUAACUUUUUAAGUAAUUGUUCUUAAUUAUAUAAAUAUAUAUAAACCUUUUAAAAAAAACAGGAAAAUUGGUUCUGUAUUUGAAUUUUCUCGAUCAGUAUAAAGGGAUUUUGUCUUCUUAUUGCUUAAUUUUGGUUUUGUGUUCCCCAUGUACUGUUUACUUUAAGUCAACAAAAGAAAAAAAAAAUGAAAAAGAGAAAAAGGGAAGCUUGUCUAACUUAGAUGAAAUAAUUCCUUGAUUGAAGGAAUUAAUUAGGCUGGAAUAAGUCUAAUUUGGUACAAAAGUUCAACUUAUGUACGGAUCAAAUUAUUGUAACAAGCAUCUAAUUCAAAACUAUCUGCAUCAAAUUUGGAAGUAGUUUUGCUACUGAAGUGAUUACUAGAUAGGUAGUAAGAACAAAAAGUAAAGAUUAAUAACAUUAUAACCAUUUUCACUAGAGUUAAAAUCAGCUAAGAAUUAAAAGAAUAAGGUUCUUAAUUACAUGAAUUACACAAGCUUCCUUCUUCAAGUUUUUAAUUUUCUUCCUGAAAAUUUAGAGGACACAAGAAACAACCAAAAAAGAAAAUUGGGGUUUUCGUCCGUUGGAAGAGUCAGUUCAGAUCAUUAACUCAUAAACUGACUAAAAGAGUCAAAUUCACAUUAAAUUUUACAAACUAGACAAAUUGGUAGACAACAAUUAGAUAAUUUAAAAAGUAGAUGAAACUAGGGACAUAUAUAUAAAAAUAAAUGUUGCUAAAACGUAGUCAUAGAACUAUGGUUAUUACAAAAUUGAUCAGUGACUCACUCCUUUAUUAGAUUGGAAGCAUAUUUAUUGUCUAUAAAAACAAAACCAAGAUCCGGGUUAUGAGUACCGAUAUAAGAAGACCGUUCUGUUUAUUCGAAUAUUGGGUGCUCAUUGUUAUGAGUUAUUAUGCUAUUAGGAAUAUAUGGAAUGUGAUCUACAUAAUCAUCCGAUCUAUAAUUAAUAUAAUGGGAGGGGAUUAUGGGUGGCAUACAUAUAUAAGCAAGAAAUAAGAGGGAACACAUUACUAUCACACAUGUUGUGUUUGUCUUCUAAAGCAUUUAAAGCAUUAGAAAAAAGCUACGUGAAGUGGCUAUGGGGCAAAUAAAUUAGACUUCUUAAGCACAGCUGCAACCUCAUCUACCCGUAGUGACCGACAUUAAUAUUUCAUUCAAGUGAUUUAGCUAAAGGUUAACUUAUAUUUUCAUCCCCGCGCGCGCUUUCAGAAAAAAAUAAAUAAAAA